CACCACAAAUUCAAUCCAACCACCACUCGGCCAAACAGAAAAACGGCUUGUCUUCGUUCAGUUUUCAAUACUUUAUUCAUUUCCAUCGCCAACAAAUGACAUUUUCGUUAAGACGCCAUUUUAGGUUGAAGUAAUUGGAAAAUUAAAGCGACUUCUGUGUGUUUUCGAUCAAAAGUACAAAAUAACUUCUUAUUUUUCUUAAUAAAAUCUAAACAACAAAUCAAAGCCAAGUUUAAUUUAAUAGAUAAAAAUUAAUUUUAUCAUUUACACAAAUAUUUAAUAAACUUUUAAAUAAAAACUUCAUGAGUGCAUAAAUAAAUCAAAUAAAAUAAAUACAAGAACGAAAAAGCUUUCUUUCGGUGCAUUGUCAAUUUCCAUUUGUGGAGAAAUUCUUUUUGUUUUUUUUUUGUGUUUUGUCAUAGUUUUGUUGGCGCUACAAGGCGUAAAUAAAAACAAGCUGCAAUUAUUGAAGAGGAACAAUUGAUUAGCCUUGGCUACGCAAUGGGCGAAAUAAAAUCGGUCAAAGUGGACAACUGGGGGGUAUUCUUCCUUCAAAAGUUACAGAAUUUCUUCAACAAGACAGAUUUCUGUGAUUUGACGCUACAAUUUAAAGAUAAUUCGCAACUUAAAGUGCAUCGUCUGGUGUUGAGUGCUUGCACAGAUUUUUUCAAUGUCCUCGAACAAACAUGUGAAUUGAUGGACGACGCUCUGGUUAUGCCGGCGGAGUUGCAAGCCGAUGUUGUUGUACCCAUUGUCAACUUUAUGUACACGGGUACACUGGAGUUUGAGUUGAAAAUGUAUAGUAAACUGUUGAAAACUGCCAAGGAAAUGAAUAUGACAGUUUUGUUGAAAUUGCUGGAGGCACAUAAACGCACUAUGGAAACUUCAAGGAUGGUGACCUCAGGGAAGGUUAUCAAUCCAAUACAGAAGAAUAAACGGAUCCCAGUGGGUGCAAUAUCAAAAGCAUCUCAAUCAGUGAGCUCAACACAACAACCCCAACAGCGCAUUCAAAUAACUCAUCCAAUAACACCGUCGCGACGAGGAGGAAUGCGACCAAUGCAAGAUAGGAAUACACACAAGGUUGUAUCUAAUACAUUGCUCAAAGCUCCUCCGAAAUUACAAAGAGGACCAAUUCGCUUUGAAGAACCUGUUGCUCAAACAGAAACAUAUGAGUCUUCAUUCGAUUCGAUUUCAUAUGAAAGCAAACCAUUAAAAGAAGAGCCAGAAGAUUAUGUUGAAGUCCAUGCAACAAACCAAUGGAACCGUUCUUCACCUUUUGAACAAUUGCGUAAAGGUUUCAACAAUAACAAAAGACCAGCAGUGGCUACUUUCACCUCACCACCAGCCAAGAAACCCAAUAUUGAAGAUGUCAAAGAAUUCUCGGAACAACAGAGAAUGAGAAAACAGAUCGCUGCUGAAUUUGGUGACGAUGCUGAGUUUGAUAGCAUUAUGGAUGAUGAGUUCCAUCAUGAUGAUGACGAUGAAGAACCUACAAAUGUAAAUCCAACUCCUUCAUCGUCGUCAGUAAGUAUUAAGCAACAACAGCAACAGCAACAACAACAACAGCAACAAAAUCAACAUUCAUCUAUUAUCAUUAAACAAUCACCAAAUGAAAAGCCAACAAUUGUAGUAAAAGACAGCUCCAAUUCGAAGAUGGAUCAUGCUAAAAUCAUAAGUGAAGUUCUUCGUCAGUAUCCACAUUUGGUAAAGAGCAACAAGAAUAUUAAAUUGAAGAUAAUGCCAAAUGUUGGUGGGCAAUCGCAGAAAAUAAUUGUUAAGAAAGAAACCAUUGAUAAUAUGUCAGCUGAAAUGGAAAAAAGUAAUGAGCCAGAAAAAAUACAACCCAAACAGCAACAAAAGCAACAGUCGAUUAUAAAGAAAACUUUAAAAUCAUAUUCAACGGCAUCACCUGUUAAAAAUGUUGAGGCCCCAGCAACUUCUUUGAAGAAUUUAACCGAGGUCAGAGCUGGAACAGCUGCAGCACCACCCAAGAGAAGAAUUGAUAGCAAAACAAUGCAUGCGCUUAUAGCUCAGGGGGCUGAAAAUACAACAGGUCCUUGGCUUUGUCUUCGUUGUGGUGUCAAUGGUCGCCCAAUCAGUAUUCCAUCAUACCGUGGAUUCCGUCGCCAUUUGAUUAAUACCCACAAAGAAACCAUUGAUUCAGCACUUUGCGAAUACUGCGGUUGGCGUUCGAAAAAUAAUCGUGAGCUUCAUCAUCAUAUGUUGAUAGAACAUAAAGUAGCAUCACUUCUUUACACAUUCCCCGAGUGUAAAGAAUGCAACAAGAUUUGCGUGAAUGAAAAUGAUUUGCAACUUCAUGGUGAACAAUUCCAUCCCGAUGCACACAAGCAACAAUGCAUAUACUGCAACAAGGUCUUCGUAAAAGAAAUGAGUCUUUACACACACAUGAAGACAUUCCACAAGAAGCGUGCACGUGAAGAUGGUGUCAUUGAUUUUUCGGACGAAGAAAUGGAUAAUGAACUCGAAGCUCACUCCUCAGGACAAACAAGUGGAGAUGCAAAGAUAAAAAUCCUUUCAGAUAUUGCUCUGCCAAGUACACUUUUGAAACUGGAAGAACCUACACAAUCAAUGGAAGAAGAUUACGCAAAUGAUAGUGGACCGAAGUUUGUCAAUGCCGAUGGCAAUGAAAUGGUUCUGACAGCCGAACAGAGGGAAGAAAUCAUGUCACAGUUGGAUCAAGAUCACGAUGGUGGUGUUGUAAUGGUUUUGAAUGAAAGUGUUUUCCCACCAGAGGAAGGCUCUGAAGUGGCUGAUAAUGAUAUGAAACUUAAGUUGGAGGCACGAGAUAACUCUGAUGAUUUUGAAGAUCAAAAUACAGAAUUCUUAUCGGCGACUGAAGCUGAACUAAGGGGAACUGAAAUGUCAACAGAAGAAGAAGCUUUCGAAACAAACAAGGGCGUUGAAGAGGUUACACAUGAACAACAAGAAUCUGAUAAUGAUGAACGGAUGGAUGAUGAAGAUCAUAUGGAGUGGGCUGAGAAUUUAAUUUCAGCUCAUGACGCUGACGAGGAUGAGGAAAUAGAAGGAAAUAAAGACGAUGAUGAGAAAGAUACUGAUGAUGAAAGAUCUGAAAAAGAAGAAAAGAAUGUUGAAAAUACAAAAGAGGAAGAUAAGGUUUCAUUGAUGAAAUCUGCAAAAGAAGAAAAACCAGACCCGAAAAAGACAGAUGAUAUAAAUCAAAAACUAAAAAUGCUAACAGGUGAUUGGACUGAUGAUGAAAUAGAUGAGGAAGAUGAAGAAGCUAAUGAAGACCCAUCCCAACAACAUAAUCAAACUCCAGAAGAGCCUGAAUCCACUACCGUACCAUCUAUUAAAGAUGACAAUGAGAAAUUAAAAUCAGAUGAUGUUGAAAGCAAACAUCAAGAUGAAACAGUCGACGAAUUCGAACAUGAAACAGCAGAUUUAGAAGGCAAUACUUCAUUGAUAGCCGAAGAUGAAAUAACACAAUCUUCACAAUCUGAGAAAGUGGAAGACGAAGAACAAAUCAUAAAAGAAGAUACUCAAGAUGAAAAAUUCGAGACGGCUGCAAGUGAGGAUGUCGUUUCAGAAUCAGAUGUCUCUGCCCCACCUGCUGAAAUUAAAGAAGAAGCAGUUUUAGAAAAAGAUGCAGUGGUGCAAGGAGGACGGACAUCCCGACGAACAUCCGCAGCCAAAGACAGUGACACGAAGAGCAUAUCUGCAGAAGAUAUUUCCCACGCAAAAGCUCAAUCAACUUCGGCUUCAAAAAAGGAAAACGAUGAUGAUGCUAAAGGUGAUGAAAAAGAAAAGGAUACGGUUUCAAAAUCCAAGACUGCUGAUGAAAUUAAGGAAGAAGCUAAUACAUCAUCAAAUUCUACCCAAGAAGAAUCAUCAAAAACACCAGACAAAGUUAAGAGUCUUUUAAAUGAGUGGGCUGAUGAAGAAGAAGAUUUGUAGACUACCAAGAGUAUAAUUGGAAUAUAAAUUUAAGUGUUUGAAAAACAUACAUAAAUGUAUGCUUGAUAGGAUUAACUUUGAAUCGGAGGCAAUUUGCAAUUAUACAUAAAUAUGUUUGUGAAAAAUUAUUGCUGAUUUAGAAUUGAUUUUUUCGUAUGUCAGAUGUUGCUUUUUGAACACACACACUUUAAAAGAAAAUCAAAAAUAAAUUGUAGAAUGUAUGUAUUAAUUAUAGGUUAAAUUGCUUUGUGGUUAUGAAGAAACUUCAUAAUACAUCAAGAAUACCAACUUUUUAAAAAUAUAUUUUAUUUUAUUUUGAUUUAAUCGUCUUCAUAAUUAUAUAAGGACUCUUCACACGAGACAAGUUUUUUCUAGGAUGAAUAUUAGUUUUAAAUUUCUGUUCAACUUACGCAUGAUGAACUAUCCCAGGAGAAAAAUGUAUGUACGUCAACUUGAGGGCAAUGUGGCUAAAUUCAUUAACGCAUCAAAAAUUUGUUUUAUUUCAAUACAAAAAUUUGUAAUGCAAAAGCAGUGAUGCGUUUAUGGAAAAUAAAAUAAAAAAAAUGUAUGUGUAAAGGGCCCUAUCGAGGUAUCCGUCGUGCGUCGGAGUGAAAAUUUGUUGGAUUUCAUACAAAUGGGAGAGUUUUUACCCUUACGGAUACCUCGAUUUGGUAUAUUUUCUUACGUUCUUCCAUUUCAAACUUUGGAGAAUAUUUUCUAUUGUCCCGUCCGCACUUUUCGUUUCCCUUUUCUAAAAACGAUAAACGAUGUUUGAGUUGCUUAGCAACGUUGGCUUUUAUACCUAAUACCCCAAGAAGAACUAGUCUCGUGUAAAGACUCAUUAAUCAUUUUUAAAAUCUGCUAACCAUAUAUUUUCAUCUGAUUGCAAUAAUUAGGUUACUUGAUUUUUUAGGUUACUGAUUUUAGAUGGUGUAAAUUUUAUCAGAUAACUUGUUUAUUUUUCACUUCACUUAGGCUCAUCAUUUUAUUUUCACUAGAAGUGAAUUUGAAGUCGAUCUUUAAAGAAAAGUGGAUGGUUGCACAUUGAUUUUUCAGUCGCCUAACCAGUCAGGUUGUAGGCAAGAGGGAUGAGGAAUUUGCUCUUUUUCGUAGAAAAUGUAAAUUGGAACGUGAUUGGGCACAACACUGUGUAGCCACCGCUAAAGAGUUGUUCUACAAUUCACUUUUAUUGAAAGCGCUUUAAUUUUGAAAUUAAAAUGUAACACCUGAAUUUGAUUUUGAAAAGUUUUCGAAAAUAUAAAAUUGAAAGAUAGAACAAAACUCGAUUUUCAGUUUCAAUUUCGCUUUCAUUAGGCUCAAUAUCUCAAUAACCUAACUGUUAAACUCCCAAAUCUUUCUUAAGUAUUCUCUUGUGAACUCAUUCUUUAUCAAAAAUCUGUGAAUGGCGAAGUCGUGAAGUGACUAAUAAAAUCAAGUUUCUUAAUUACUGCAAUCAGUUGACGAGAGAAUUUUUGAAAUUAAAGAUUCAUAAAUACAUAAAAUAAAAUAAUAAUUAUAAGAUCAGAGAAUUUAAGUUCAUUGAUAUCCAUUGUUAAAUAUUCGACAAAAUAAAAAGUAUGUAUGUAUGUA